AUGCCUCUUACACCACAAUCUACCUACACCCUCAAUAACGGUGUCAAAAUUCCCGUUAUUGCGUUGGGUGUCUACAAGACGGAAAAUAAUGUCGCCAAAGACGUGGUAUACGAUGCCUUAGAAGCCGGCUACAGACAUUUCGACUCAGCGGAGUUGUAUGGAAAUGAAGCAGAGGUUGGCGAGGGCAUCGCCAAGUGGUUGAAAGACACGGGCACCGACAGAAGCGAGAUCUUCUAUACUACUAAAAUCUACGAUACCCACCAAGGUUACGAGGAAGCAAAAAAGCAGAUUGACGUCAGUUUAGACAGAGUCAAGGCUUUGGGCUACAUUGAUUUGAUCUUGAUUCACUCACCACUCACCAGCAAGAAAAAGAGACUUGGAACAUGGAAGGCACUCCAAGAGGCCGUGAACGAGGGUAAGGUCAAGUCAAUUGGUGUUUCCAACUUUGGUAUCCAUCACUUGAAGGAGCUUUUGUCCUGGGAAGGAUUGGAAAUCAAGCCUGUCACCGACCAGGUGGAAUUGAGCCCCUGGUUGACGAGAGAAGAACUCGACAAGUAUUGCAAAUCGGAGGAUAUUUUGUUGCAAGCAUACUGUCCGCUUACCAGAUGUGAGAAGUUCGGAGAUGCCACUCUUGUGAAGCUAAGUGAAAAGUAUGGGAAGUCGCCAGCGCAGAUUCUCAUCAGAUGGUCGUUGCAGAAGGGUUUCAAUGUGCUCCCCAAGAGUGGCAACAAGAAGCGUUUAGUUCAGAAUCUUGAUGUCUUUGACUUUGAAAUUCUGGGCGAAGACAUCAAUGCACUUUCGCAGCCAGGAGCUAAAGAGUCAUUUGCUGGAUGGGCUGCAGACCCAUUGGAGUUCAAGGAUGACGAUGAAGCUGAAUACAGGGAGAUUUAG